AUGGUGAGGCUCCGGGCGCUGGGCAGCUGCCUGGGCUUGCUGGCUCUCUGGGCCACCAGCCAGUCCGACGCGAGCGGAGCCUGGAUGAAGACAUGUCAGGUCCUCACCCGGGACGUGCGGGGGCCCGCGUGCGGGGCCGCGUGCAGGGGGCUGGAGCCCCAGGGAAAGAUGGAACCUGGGCCGGGGGAGGAGGGCGAGCGCGAGCCAGAGCGCGAGCCCGAGCCGGAGCGCGAGCCCGAGAGCCGGGAGGCCAAGAUCUUUCUGCUGGAGAGAUCAUCAACAAAUAAUAUGGAGGAAAACCAAGAGGAUAGUGAGACAUCUAUAACAAUAAGUAACAGCCAACUCUUGGAAGAAGUGAAGAAAAAAUGCAAGGAUUCAACCAAACGUAACAUAAAAGAUUCUGAGAGGUCAUUCAGAAAAAGCUUCAGGCUAGACUACAGGUUAGAGGAAGCUGUAACUAAAUCACAGAAGGGAAAGGAUGGAAGAUACAUCAAUCCUUGGCCAACAUGGAAAUAUCCAUCUCUUACGGAUGUUUUGAAAUGGAUAAUACUGGAAAAAGAUAACAGCAAAAUUCCACGUUGUAAAGAGGAACUGGACAAAGAACUCCCAGUGAUUUGCCCAUAUUUUGUUGAUAACCCUGAAAAAGCUGGAAUGAAUAAAGGUGGUUUACGUGUCACAUGGCUUGGACAUGCAACAGUUUUGGUGGAAAUGGAUGAAGUAAUAUUUCUCACUGACCCUAUUUUCAGUAUGCGGGCUUCACUGACACAAUUGAUUGGUCCAAAACGUUUUCGCAAACCACCAUGCACAGUAGAGCAGCUUCCCAAAAUAGAUGCAGUAAUAAUCAGUCAUACCCAUUAUGACCACCUGGACUAUAAUACCGUACUUAGUUUAAAUGCGCGCUUUGGUUCUGAGCUGAGAUGGUUUGUGCCGAUGGGUCUCUUAGAGUGGAUGCAGAAUUGUGGAUGUGAGAAUGUGAUUGAACUGGACUGGUGGGAAGAGAACUGUAUUCCUGGACAUGAUGAUGUCACCUUUGUCUUUACACCUUCCCAACACUGGUGUAAAAGAACUCCAAUAGAUGACAAUAAAGUAUUGUGGGGCAGCUGGUCUGUCUUGGGGCCCUGGAAUAGAUUUUUCUUUGCAGGAGACACUGGUUAUUGUAUUGCUUUUGAAGAGAUAGGAAAACGAUUUGGACCUUUUGAUCUUGCAGCUCUUCCCAUUGGAGCUUAUGAACCAAGAUGGUUUAUGAAACACCAGCAUGUAGACCCUGAAGAAGCUGUAAGGAUUCACAUCGAUGUUCAAGCAAAGAAAUCCAUAGGAAUUCAUUGGGGAACCUUUGCCUUAGCAAAUGAGUAUUACUUGGAUCCUCCAUUCAAACUGAAUGAAUCUCUACAGAGGUAUGGAAUUAACAAUGAAGAUUUCUUCACCUUGAAUCAUGGAGAAUCAAGAGAUGUAAAGACCGAUGAUGAAAACCUUGAAUAAAUGUGGAUGAUAAAAACUGGGAAUAAAUAUGAGUAUCAGAGGGCUUUUAAAAAAAAACAACCUCUUGCAGGAUUUGAAAUAGCAAAACAAAUUUUAAAAUUAAGAGAUAAAGAAAGGGUGAUUUUCUUUUAAAUUUAGAAAUAGAUUUCUCCAAAUUUGCAUUUUACUUUAUUUGUGAUAAUUUACACAGGCUAGUUAAUUUGUACAUUGAAAUGUAACAGAGCAAUAAAAUCAUUAGAUUAGGUAAUGUAUAGAAUUUAAAUACCAUCUGUCUAAUGCCAGAACACUGCAAUGGAAGCUUUUUUUUUCUUACUAAUUUAAGAGAGUGAUUCAUAGGCUGGGUUCCUUUUCCAGAAGUUCUGAAAGGUUCAUUCCUAUGCUUCAGGUCCUUUAUAUGAGGUGAAUCAAAUUUAUUGUAUACCUAUGUAUUUUUAGAGCCCUAAUCAGUAAUGUAAUCCCCUACCCCCACAGUACUUUGUUACUUAAGCCAACAUACAUUUCCAACUAUGCUUUUUUCAGGAUAUGGAGAUUGGGGUUCUGUUCUGCUUUUUGAAGGGUUUUUUGUUUUUUAAAUAAGGGUAUGAUAUGCUCCAGCUGAAUUAGGAGGGAGAAGGUACAGAAUGACGUAAAGCUAGGGGAAUAAGAAAGUAUUAUUUUUGAUAACUUUUUUAUUUUUAAAAAUAAGAUCUUUCAUUAAGCACAAAUAUAUAUGACUUGCUCCAUGGAAAUUGAUGGUUUUUUUUUUACAUAAUUUAUAUUCAGGUCUUGAUAAAAUAUAUUAAUAGAGUAUAGGUUCAUUUAAAUUUGAUCCUGUCCAUUCACCAAUCUCUCUCUAAAAAUAUACUCCUUAAUAUUCUUGCCUAUAUUUUCCUUUUCACUGGUCUGUGUAGCAUAAUCCUAAAAAUUUUAAUAAUAAUGUUAAUUUUUUAAAAUUAACUUAAUGAUUACCUUGUGUUAGAUUAAAUAACUUGCAGUUAGAUUUUCUUUCAUUGUAAGAAGGGUUCUCUAUUAUAUAUAUAUAUAUAUAUAUAUACUCAUACUACCCUGUGCUACAGUCUUACCUAAAUAAAUUUUCUGCAUGUCAUUACUAGAAUCGUGUAUUUUAUGCCAAAUGUUUAGUACUUCAGGGAGCAGCCAGUUAGUCAAUAGCUUGAUAAAUUUGCAUGUAUGUACAGAAGCACUGUGACUUGGUUGCAAAGCACUGAAUGUCUGAAUUCAAGCCCUGCCUAGCUAUACCACUGAUUUUUUUUGGCAACUUCAGAUAAGCCACCUAUGCCUCCCUGUGCUUCUGUUUCCCCAUCUGUAGUAUGGAGAUAAAACUUUUUACCUACUUCCAGGCAUACUGAGGAAUAAAUCUUAAGUAAUAGUAAAAGUACCUUGAAAACAUACAAGAGAAAAUUAUUAUUUAAGGUAUUUGGAUGUCUAAGAAAAGGCACAUUUAAACAUAGACCCAAUGCCUCUGAAAAUGUACCUUGCUAUAUUUUUACCAUACAUGUUAGGAAAUGAAAAACUGAGGGUGAGCUAACUCAUCCAUGUUGCAUACUUAAGAGAAAAAACCCACAUGUAAUUGUUGAUGUUAAGCUUUAGUAAAUUCUAUUUUUUGUGUGCUUAUAAAGAUGCAAAUAAAUUGAAAAUUUUGUGUACUAUUUGACACUAACAGCACAAAAUUAUCCUCAUAUAUUAAAUCAGUUUUCCAUAGAAAAAAAUGUACAAGUAUGUACAUCUUUAGUACAAAGUAAAAUUGUAUAGGAAGACAGGAAUUAGAGCAUGGUGAUUUUACAAUAGUAGUGCUGACCCUACCUGUAAACUCCAGUAACCAUGGACACCUAAUAGAAGCCAACAUCUUGUCAACCACUUUCCUAGCGUUAUGUGCUGAACUAAAAUUUUAAAGAUUUCAAAUGAAGUCUGUCUACCAUUUAAAUUUACAUUUUGCUUAAUAUUUCUAUUCCAUGAGUCACCUUAACAUUGUUUUAUAUUUAUAAUAGCACCUUUUAAAAGAUCUCCAAGCACUUUAGAACAUUCUAACCUAUUUAUUCCCUUAGCAAACUCAUUUUUAUUCAGACUUUUGUAUGAAAAUUUUGUUACUGUGUUUUAAUUGCUCUUACUUUUAAGAUUUACUGAAUAGUGUUCUUUUUAGUAAUUAAAACAUUGAGGAGUCUAGUCCUAAGUGUAUAAUGAAACACCCCUCUUCACUGAACUCCCUAAGGAUUAACCACCUUUAUUCCUCUUUUAACAUUUCUUUUCCAUUGUAAUAUUUGUCUUUUGCCAUUGUAGCCAGAGUGGCCUUUGUUUUCUUUGAGUGACUCAGUUUAUCUCAUUGAGCAUUGCUGGGCCAUGCCUGGGAGCAGAGAACUUCCUGUGUGACCUCUUCCAGGGCAGGAAGCCCAGAAACCCAUGCCUGGAAGCAGAGAACUUCCUGUGUGAUGAGUCAUGGGGCUGGCUGAGGGGAGGUGUUGACUCCAAAGCCAUGCCCUAUUGGGUGUUAAGCUAGUCUACGCUAGGGGGAGAGGCCACCUCAAGAACCAAUCGGCCCUGGUCAUUCAGGCGGCGCUUGAUGAUGUCAAAAACUCUAUAAGAGGGGAGAGGACAGCUUGAAGAGCUCUCUUUCCUUUUCCGAUUGGCUUGGGAGCAGUGGGGAGCGUGACUCUGAGCCAGCCCUUGUCCUCGGGCUGAGCCCAGAUGUUGGUAACUAUGAAUUGUAUUGGGUCUAUCUUGAUAUUUGUAAUUUGUUUGUAUUUUGGUUUUGAGGUUCGGGGUGCUGGUUUGUUUUCCCCCAAACUAAAUGAAUGUUCUGAACUUCAGGGUGCUGGCUGUUUGUAACCCCUGAACUAGCUGACUGUAAUCUGUAUUUGGUCUGUCUGUUGAUGCUUGUCUCUUUGCUCCCCUGAACUAAUUGAAUGCUAACUGAAUGCUGGCAUUUUCUCUUGAACUAAAUGAAUGUUGUCUGUAUGCUAACUGAAUGCUGGAUUAAAGUAAGCUGGUCAACCCCUUCACCAUGCUUUUCUUGUUUAAGCAGAUAAAAAGAACCUGUGCUUUCCCAGCAGCCUCCUGGGUGCUGGCUGUGGGGGGAUCUUACGCCCCCAUGGGAGCUGCUAACAGAAGCUGCUAGCUGGGUUGUUAAAACAGCCAUCCACACUUAGGAAGGUUUGCACAGUGUACAGUGAUGGAAGUUUUCAAAUCUGAAAAAGUAUGAAGGGUGAAUGACAAUAAGAUGUUUCCCUUUAUUUGGAAUAAAGAGAAGUAUGCUUUUUGGGUUCAGUCUAACAUCUACUUUCAGUCUAUCAUAAAGUGAAGUCAUAAUACACUUCAGUUUGUUAGAAUGUUUACUAUUUUUUUUUUGUCAUUUUCCCCCCAAAGUAAAGACUCUCUUUCUCCUCAGGUUAUCAUUCCUUGUCCUCCUCAAAAUUGUUGGUUCUAAUAAUUAGGAGGAAAAUCCUACCUAAUUAAAAAAAACAGCAUUAUUCAAGCUGUGCCAUGACAUUACCUAGCACAUAGGUAUCAAACAUGGCCAAAUAAACUUUUCUUUCUGUAUUAUCAUCCUGUAACAUAUCCUCGUAAAUUCCACUCCCUCUUUCAUAUUAAUAUAUUUGGAAAAUGUCCUAAUUUCAAGAAAAUACAAGGAAUUGUAAUGAUCAAUAGUUUCAAUAAAUGGGUUUGGCUGAGGCAGGGAGAGAAUGAAUGAAACGCAAUCAUGCAAACUGUUGGUAAAGGACAUUAAAACCAAAAGCCAGUUAUACUGAGUGCACAUGUUGCUUGUAUGUUUUCAUUAAUUAUGAAACAUUCAAGAAAGUAGUUUUAAAAUGCUGUAAAGAAAUGUGCCUUUUUUUAAAAAAGGAUGUAACACAUGUGAUUGCAUCACUAUGUAUAAAAUUAUAACUGCUGGCCAGAAUGUGUACAUUACUAUUCUCUCUCAUCAGGAAGUCUAUUUUUUACCUUAUAUAGUACUUUUCUAUUGUAAAUAUAUUGUUAUUUUUAAAGCUUGAUUUGUGUCAACUUGCCUGAAAAAUUCACAUUUUUCUCUAAUCAUGGAUUCUUGAUUCUCUAGAUGAAGCAUUCAUAUAUCUAUGUAAUGAAAAAAAAUUUUUUGAAGUAUUCUUUGGGCACAAAAAGCACAAGGGGAAAUAAAACCUAUGUAUUGGUUCCUGUAUUGCUAAGCAUAGUCUUGGAUUAUGAAUAUUAAUACUAUAAACCCAGUUGAAUAUAUCUGUAUCAACACAUUACCACAAUAGCUUGUGAAAAUAAACUUACUUGCUACAA